AUGGAUUCUAAAAAAUCAUUCCUCAUCCUUGGCCUAUUAGCCAUAUUUCUUCUAAUUUCUUCACAGGUAUCAGCUAGGGCAUUAACUGAGACUUCCACUAAUGCCAACAAAGAGGAGGUUGUUGAAAACUCAGAUGAAGUAAAUGAUGCCAAACAAUUUGGGUACGAUGGUUAUGGUGGUUACGGAGGCUAUGACGCAGGCUAUGAUGGUUAUGGAGGCUAUGGAUAUUAUGGUGGAGCCUUUGGUGGUUACCGUGGAGGCUACGGUGGUUAUCAUGGAGAAUACCACGACGGUGGUGGAGGUUACAAUGGUGGAUACCAUGGUGGUGGCUAUGGUGGACACUAUGGUGGUAGCAGUGGCUACAAUGGUGGUUAUGGCGGUUACCAUGGCGAUGGAUACAGUGGUGGAGGAGGUGGCGGUGGUUACGUUAGUGGAGAGGUUUCCAGCAAUGGUAACUGA